AUGGAAGUUAAGUUGGACGGAGAUGUAGAUGAUGGAUCAGAGGUGGAUAUGAGUAGUGCAAUAGAUGAGUUAUGGAAAAGGUUUAAGUCACUGGAUGUUGUUGGGAAAAAGGCAUUAAAAAGUAGAGUUUUUGAACUUGCCUUCCCUACAAUGACUUCUAUGUGUCCACCACCUGAGAAAAUAAAAACUAAAGGGGGAAUCAAGAAGAAAGACAAAAAACCAGUAGGAUAUGAUGUUUAUAGAGACCCUUCGUAUCACGAGUAUGUGGAUCAAGCAUCUCAAUCUUCACAGAUGCAAUCUCAACCAUCACAAACUUCGAAGAAAUUGAAAUUAUCACAGUCUUCACAAAAGAAAUCUCAACCAUCACAGGCUUCGAAAAAGUUGAAAUUAUCACAAUCUUCACAGUCAUCUAAGCAGUUCAUCCUUCAAUUUCCUAAUCACAUCAAGUCAUAUAUUGAUGAUGUAGUUAAUGUUGUAUCAGAUGGUAAUUGUGGAUUUCGAGUCAUUACUUCAUUGCAUGGAUAUGGUGAAUAUGGUUGGCCAAUGGUUCGUCGAGACUUGGGGUUGGAAAUAAUAUAUAAUGAAAGAUCAAGUUUGUAUGUCAAUUUAUUUACUGAUCAGUUAACACAUAAACAUAAACUAAAUAGGUCAAAUUAG